CUUUCAGGUGUUUUGAAUGGCAAAGUAUUCCGAGCAUACAUUCAUAUAUCAACUCAGUUUGUCUCUUUCAUAAUUAGAUGCUGUUUUACGUUGCUUCGUGAUGCAGCAGAUUGCGUGGAUACUUGGAAUCAUCGCCAUCGGAUUCUCUGCCAAAGGUGAAGGGGAAUUAAAGCGUCUAGCCACCCAGUUGGCAGUGGAAUUGGAAGAGAGAGAUGGACCAGCGUUCCCACUUGAUAAGCGACUGCUUGAUGUGACAGCAAGGGGAGCAGAUGUCGUUAACGACGUUGUCGAAGAAAUUGGGCGCGCCAAAAUCUUUCCUAACGAUCAAAGGUUUAUGAAGAGGAUCGCAUUCUUGGAGACUAGGAAUGGAGAAAGCGCAAAUGAAGGAUCAGGAGGAAUAUGGAAGGUCUCUAAGAAGGCGUUUGAAGACAUUCAGAAUAACGGCGACACAUUCCAUAAACGCUUGCAAGAGAAGGAAGAUUUGAUCCAAGCCAACUGGGGAUUGAAGUGGAACAAUUUAGCAUACAGAGACCUGGAUUCGCCGUUCAUUUCUGGCCUCGCGGCUCGUCUCUACCUAUCCAAUGACCCCAGUCCAAUCCCUGCCGAGAAAGAACUGGAUCUCCAGACACGAUACUGGGCUGACAAGUACCAUCCAGCCAAUGAUGAAAUAGAAAGUAAAGAGACUGCAAUCGCUGCUCUUAAAAGGGCUGAACUAGGAGAAGUUGAUGCUAUUAGCGACAUCGCUAAACCAGAAACUCGAAAAUAUAAGGAAAUACUAGCAGGACUUGCAGCUGAUUUAGCUAGACGAAACGGCCCAGCUACCCCACUUAAUGCCAACUCAAGGUUGCUCGAAAGAUCUGCCAGGGGAGAAGACGUUAUAAACGAGGUAGCUGACAAGAUUGAAAACUCGCAGAUAUUCGAUGAUGAUCACGGUUUGCUGAGGUUGAUUGCGAGACUAGAGACGAAAUUUGGUGAGAGUUCAACGCCCGGCACUGGUGGUUUGUGGAAGGUGAGUGAACGAGCUUUUGAAGAGACACAUAACAAAGGCAAACACAUCCACACGCGCAUUCAGACGAAGGAUGACUUAAUAGAAGCGCAGUGGGGUGUUGACUGGAGUGAUAUAACAUACAGAGAUUUAGACAAACCAUUUUACUCUGGUCUGGCUGCUCGUAUGUUCCUGUCGAAUGAUCCCAGUCCUAUUCCGAGCGAUGCAUAUGGUCAGCUAGAAUAUUGGAAGAAACAUUUUAACUUCGGAGAGCAUUCAGAUGCAUCCUCAAAAUCAUUAGAGGCCCAGAAAAAAUCAUUAGAUGAAGCAGGCAGUGCACCAGGCAAACAGCUUUUUGAGGAUCUGAAACGCGUGGUCCAACGCCUACACGAUAAAAAGCGUGACAAAAUGACUGAAGGAGACAAAGCAAAGGAAAUUGAGUACAUCGACCUGAAAGUCGUUGGAGCUGACAAUUCCGAGGUACAUUUUAAAAUAAAAAAAUCAACACAGCUGAAAAAACUAAAACAAGCAUACGCUGAUCGACAGGGCGUUUCAUUGAACAGUUUACGAUUUUUGUUUGAUGGAAAAAGAAUGAAUGAUAAUCAAUCACCAAAUCAGCUAGAAAUGGAAGAAGGCGAUGUCAUAGAGGAAGAACAGCAGAAUAGAGAUGUUACUGAAACCAAACGAACUGAAGCAACAGAUACGAUCAAGUCAAGUAUUGAACAAGACUUGUUGAAGAAGGAAGAUGACACAACUGCAGGAGAAGCGGCCAUAGCUAAACAAGGUGAACUUCAAAAUAUGGUUGAUGCAAAGGGCGAUCUUCAAGAAAAGGGUAAUGACAAUGGUAUCCAAGAACUGACAGAUAAACUUGAAAGUCAUCUGAAAGCUAUUCGUAGGACAUCGUUUAUCAGGCAAGCAUUGAAAAAGGAGAUCGAGGCUAGCAAACGAGAGAAUACAGAUGUCCAAGUCGGACACCAGGCAGAAUUGAAAGAUAUUGAAGAGGAUCUUGAAAUAAGUCUUGCAAAGAAACUAUUGGAUCGUAUCGUGAACAAAUCUCAGCGAAGACACAAGAUCUAGAGAUGUGCAAAGUUCAAGGAUGUAUAAACAUGUAUGACAAAGAUCGAUUCAUAUAGAGAUGAGGUCUACCUGUGCAUGUAGAACCUUGAUAUUGAAUACAUUAACCUAUUAUGUUCUCAGGCACGCCCUUUUUACAGGUUCGACACAACCUCAGAAUGUUCAAAUGCAUUCACAAUGUUUUGCAGAAUCGCAAAAAAGAUGUGUGUAAAACUUAAAAGAAACUAUUUUGAUCAAGAAAUUUAUUCUAAUAUUUGCUUUACUGAUCCAAAAUUUAGUAUCAAACAACAAACGGGGGGAUAGUCGUCACAUGACCUUUGCAACUUGAUACGACACAACACAGUAGGGAUAGGUAAAGCUACUAUCACACCGGCCAAAAUGCCCUUAUAUGUCACUUCCGAAAAAAGUAGUUUUCAAAAAUAAAUGUAGUCUCAACACAUUUGUGAUCAUGACGAGUCAGUAGGAAAAGGAAAAUGUCUAGUCAAGUGGCGUAUUAAGUUUGCCUUCAUUUUUGUGAAUUUCAAUUUCUGUCGGCAGAGAGGAGGGGGUAGUGUCACAAUUGACCAAUUAUUUCAAAAAGUAGAUAUUUGGCCCCUAUUGUGCUUAUUGUCAAAAUGUAGCUUA